AUGAGCCUGGAGUCCCAGGGACUGCGCUUGGCCCAGCUCCAAGGCCCCUCGCGACAGGCUAAGCACGCUGGCUGUGAAGACUCUGACUGCACACGUGUGCCCAUGCACACACACGCACGCGCGUGCGUGCACACACACACGGCCCUCCAGCAGGCUCCCCAGCAUCCCUCAGGGACACCUCCUCCCCACCCGCACCUCCUUGUGGUCAAGACCUCAGGUGAGACAUGGACCGUCAGAGCGGUGAGCCAGGUGGAACGAGGCCCCCCAGGUGGAGCCAGGAGGCUCCAGGUGCUGGGCACAGAUGAGGAAAGGCCCUUGCACCCAUCUCUGGGGACAAGCUUAGGCUGA